UAAGAUCGAAGGGUUCUCCGUGUGGUAAUUGUAGAGUCAAGGAAAUAAAUAUAAUUUAAAUACAGUUACUUGUUAAUACCCAUUCAAUUAUUAUUCCUGAAAACCCCGAUUCCACUCUGGUACAAUGAAUACAAUCUGUAACAUGUAGAGAGAGAAUCUACGACAUGAGAGCGAGAUAUACUUCGAGCUCAGUGGAGAACAUACAUUGGCGAGGAACGGACGCUAGCAUAGCAGCGGUGGAAUAACGCAAUUCCAUGAAAGAUUACCGGAGGAGGAUUAAACCGAAAAGACGUUGAUAGAGAUUCUACAAAUUGGCGCAGUCGAUAGGAUUUAUAAUGAUGAACUCAGACAAGGACUGGCCGUUGGAACCGUUUAACGAUUCAUUGGUUCCAUCUGAUUUGCGACGUGAAUGGGAAGAAUGGCUCAGAGCGUUUGAACUGAUUGUAGAGCUCAGGAAAAUCGAAUCACAACAUGAAAAAUUCAUACUCCUCAUGGCACGAGGAGGCCGAGGACUCCAGCGUAUUUACUGUAACUUGCGACCUGUUGCUGGCGAAAUUACCCCGGAUCCAGUAAAAGUUCCUUUAAUACUUCCCGAAACGCCAGAGUACGACAAUGCGGUGAAAAGAUUAAACCACUUUUUCGUGGGUAAACGAAACGAACGGAUUGAGCUGGAAGUUUUCCGUUCGAUGAAGCAAUUAUCUGACGAACCGUUUAGUUAUUUUAUUUUGCGGUUGCGCACACAAGCGACGCGGUGUGACUUUCGAUCCCGCGAAGAAAUUGAAAUAUUACAUCAAGUGGCAAUGGGUGCCCGUGAUGAGCAUGUCAGAGAUAAAGGUCUAGAGGAUUCUAUGUGCUUGGAUGAUUUGACAAACUACGCGAUGAACAGAGAAAUGUUACAAAAGCUAAAGGAGAAAGUUCGUCAAUGCAAGAACGACGAAGACGAUAGAUCAGUUGCUGUUGUUAAACAGGACUGGAGGAAAAAGCCGAAAUUUAAUUCUAGUUUCCGCGAGAACCGUUGGGGCCAAAUAAAACAUACUGAGGUUGAAUGUGGAAAUUGCGGUUCAUGGAAACAUUCUAAAGAAUCACGAGAGUGCUCUGCUCGAAAAGCUCGGUGCAACAAAUGCGGGCGUACGCAACAAAUUACGCAAGAAAAUGCAAAUCAAGCAACUACGUUAACGUUGGAAACACAGGGACCAGAAACCGUUCCAGAGCUAUGGAUGUUAAUUCGUUACGAGUUGACAAUCAAUACCGUCACCAUGAGGAGUUUGCUAAGAUUGUAUUACCACGUGACUCAUCGGAAAUAUCGAAGGUAGAAUAGUUUGCAUUUGUUAUGUUGAAUUACAUAAAAGA